AUGCAUGAGGAAGAUGAGUACUCAUUGUUUGAAGAAAUCCUUACUCAGGAAGAUAUUGAAAACAUAUUACCAGAUUUAGAUUCUUUAGAUCAGGAGGAACUUUUAAACACAAUCUUAAACUCCAAACCAUCGACAAACGAACCUUCAAAAUCCAAACCUUAUUCAUGCGACUACUGUGGCAAGUUUUAUAUGUAUGAAAAAAGUUUCACAAGUCACAAGAACACCUGUCGUCCUCUUGGUCGAUUUUUAUGUCUAUACUGCUCUAAAGCUUUCAAUCAAUCUCAAGCUUUAAAAGAGCACCUAAGAACCCACACAGGAAUCAAACCUUACGUGUGUCAAAUAUGCAACAAGGGUUUUACUACUUCUAGAUACCUAACGAGUCACCAAUAUACUCAUCUGGAGGGUAAACUUUACAAAUGUACUUUCUGUGAUAAAUCAUACUCACAGUUUUCAGGGUUGCAAGCUCAUAUCACCUCACACACAGAUAAACGACUCCACAAAUGUACCGUGUGUGAUAAAAGUUUUAUUCGCUUACAUAACUUCAAGGAGCACAUGAAAAAGCAUUCAGGGGGACAGUCUUACGAAUGUAAAGAAUGCAAUGCUGUAUUUGCACUGAAGCGAUAUCUUACAAGACAUAAACUGCAAGUCCAUAUGAAAGAAAAAAGAUACACUUGUGAACAAUGUGGGGCAGGGUUUUAUAGAAUGCAAGAUUUGAAACUUCAUUCGAAUAAACAUUCUGGGGAAAAACCUUUUCGAUGUGGAAUGUGUGAAAAAGCAUUUACUCAACCGAGCGCUUUGAAUACUCAUGUUAAAAGAGUACAUAAAGAGAUAGCGAUGGCAAAACUCAAGGAGAAAGUUUUGGAGGAGAAGAUGGUUAAUGAAAAAUAUGUGAAAAUAAAAAAUGAAAAAUGUGAUAGGGAUGGAAAACAUAUAUGA